AUGGAGUACCCACCUCGCAAGAUAGCGAUAGCCAUCGAUUUGAGCGACGAAAGUGCUCACGCCGUACGAUGGGCUGUGCAGAAUUAUCUGCGCCCAGUGGACCAUGUGAUCAUCCUGCACGUGCGUCCCACGAGCCUGCUGUACGGCGCGGACUGGGGCGCGUGGGAGGCGACGGACGCGGCGAAGGCGGCGGACCGCGAGAUUAAGGAGCGCGCGGAGGAGGAGUUCGACGCGCUCACGCUGGCCAAGGCGCGCGAGUUGGCGGAGCCGCUGAAGUUGGCGGGAAUUCCGUUCCGCGUGCACAUCGUAAAGGACCACGACAUGAAGGAACGCAUUUGCCUUGAGGUAGAGCGUUUGGGUGUGAGCGCGUGCAUCAUGGGCAGCCGAGGCUUUGGAGCGCACGGCCGAGCGAGGAAGUCGCGAUUGGGCAGCGUCAGCGACUACUGUGUGCACCACUGUGACUGUCCGGUGGUGGUCGUGAGGAUGCAUGAGGAGAAACCGUUUAUCCACCCACCCUUGACUGCUCUGGCUUCUUAA